AUGAUCAAGUAUCUCCCGCUUUCGCAAGAACUCCUGUAUCGGGAAGGAUCUCUGGUUGCCAGCUUCCAGCCGGGGAAUGAAGUUCUCUCAGAAUUACAGGAAUGUGUGGGUAGUUGUCGUGCUGGUGGAACGGACUGCACCCAGGCCUGUGACCGUCCCUUCCGUGGAACAACAACUUUUGUAUGCCCAAGAGGAUCGUGGCAGAAGUCGACGGAGACGUGUGCCAGUCUGGAUGUCCAAUCGCUUCUCCAGAGGAUCUCCAGGCCACGGAUUAUUCAAGGAUAUGAGGUUCAUUCCUCUUCAAGCCAUAGUUCCACAUCAGGAGCACAUGGUGGGCAGUUCUGUACCUCUGACUUCUCUUGCAUAAUGGGGGAAGUCCUCAGCGCUGAACCUGUCGCAGGAAACAUCGUCAGCAUUGUGGCGCUGCUAAGAAGCAUUUCCUCAAAUGGAUCUACAGAUGUCACCAUCGGCAAACUGAGGGACUACAGCAAGAUUGCCAGUCGCAUUCUCAACAGCUCCGUCCUUCCCAACUGGGCUUUUGUGAGCGACAAAAACACCAGUUCCGUUUUGCUGGAAUCUGUGAUUUCGUUUGCUGGGAAACUGCGGAUCGGAAAAAGCCCUCCGAACGUCUCUGAUCCUUUCAUCGCGACCAAAGGCGCCAGAAUCAGCCAAAACACUCCAGAGAAGAGCUUUGUGUUUUCCUUGAGGUUGAACGAUUCUAAGAGUCACCUCAACGGGACCGUCUCGCUCCCAAGGGAAGGACUUCGGCUCUUGUCCUCGGAUUCCCAGGCGAUCAGCGUCGCUUUGCCGACUCUUGGGCCUAUUCUCGAAAAUACCCUAUUGAGAGGGGUCUCUGUGAAUGGGAUGGUGCUGUCGGUCCUGCUGCCCAAGGAGCUUCCAGAGGUUUCCCUCACGUUUGAAAAAAUGAACAAGACGGGAAAGGCUUUGUGCGUCGGCUGGCACUCGGAGGACCGGAGAUGGGACGAAGCUGCCUGCGAACUGCUAGAAGAGAGUUUGGCCGCUGCCACCUGCCGCUGCAGACACCGGCCGGCUCUGUUCCAGUCGUUUUCAAUUCUGAUGUCCCCUGUUGGGGUCAAGCACGCCACCUUGCACUUCAUUACCUGUCUGGGCUUGGUGGUCUCCCUCUGCAGCUUGGUUGUGUGCCUGGCCAUCGAGGUGGUGGUCUGGCACCAGGUGACCCAGACCCACCUAUCCUACAUGCGCCACGUGUGCCUGGUGAACAUCGCGGCGUCCCUUCUCAUAGCGGACAUCCUGUUCAUCGUAGCGGCGCUCAUGAGCAGCAUGCCCAGGCACCAUGACGGGUGUGUGGCUGUCACGUUUUUCGUACACUUUUUCUACCUUUCCUUGUUUUUUUGGAUGCUGGCUCUGGGACUCUUGAUUCUGUAUGGACUGUUAGUCAUUUUUUGGCACCUAAGAAAGUCUACUCUGUUGGCUGUGGCUUUCGGCAUUGGUUAUGGCUGCCCCUCGGUCAUCGCGCUUCUCACGGUGGUGAUCACCGAACCGACGAAAGGCUACCUACAGGACAGCGCCUGCUGGCUGAACUGGAAAGACACCAAAGCCCUCUUGGCCUUUAUCAUACCGGCGCUCCUUAUCGUUGGCGUCAAUGUUGUGGUAGUGUUGGUUGUCAUUGCCAAAUCGGGAAGAUCUUCCGUCAGGGAUCGCCCAAAGUCACAAGACUUGGUCACGGUGAUCAGAGUGAGCAAAAAUGUUGCACUCCUGACCCCAUUGCUAGGAAUCACCUGGGGAUUUGGGCUGGCCACCGUUUACGAUACAUCUUUGGCUCUUCACAUUGUGUUUUCGCUGCUGAACGCAUUCCAGGGUUUUUUUAUCUUGCUGUUUGGGACUCUUCUGGACAGGAAGACAAGAGAAUGUUUACGGACGAAAUGCUUUCCCUCACAGGCUUCUCAUUAA